AUGUUAUUCACAAGUCUUUUUUUUCUUUUGCUUGCAGUUCUUUCAUUUAAUGAACCAAAACUUUGUCCAACAGCAAAAUGGGAUACUGUUGGAUCUCGGUUUGCUGUUCGAAAACCGGAUCGUCGUAAGGCAUCGGGCUUUCUAUUUAUUGAUAAAAGCAAUACAAUUUACACUGAUACUGGGGAGAAAGGUGAAAUUCUAGUUUGGUCCAAGGAUUCUACACGUCCAACAUCGGUGAUUAGUUAUCAAUCGGAGUUCACACCAACUUCUCUAUAUGUGAGUGACAACGGUCCGAUGUCGUCGAUUAGUUUCCAAUCCGAGUUAACACCAUGUUCUCUAUUUGCGAGCAACAAUGGUGAUAUUUAUCUUAGUACAACACGUAAGGGAAUUUUUAAAUGGACAGCAAGCCAGAAUGUCUUUAUCCAUUUUAUGGAUAUUAAACCGCGAUGUGCUUGCCUUUUUAUCGAUAUAAAUUACAAUUUAUAUUGCUCAAUGUACGAAUCGCAUCGAGUUGUAAAAAAAUCACUAAAUAAGAGUAAAGAAGCAGAUCCGACAAUUGUGGCAGGUACAGGUAGUAGCGGUAGGGGAGAGACUCAGCUCAGUGAUCCCCAGGGAAUCUUUGUGGAUGCAAAUUCAAAUUUAUAUGUAGCAGAUUCUUUGAACAAUCGAAUUCAAUUGUUUGAAUUCGGCGAACUAAAAGGAAAAACAGUAGCAGGAGCAGAUUCAUACGAAAUUACAAUUUUACUGUUUACGCCCACUUCAGUUGCACUCGAUUAUGAGAAAUUCCUUUAUAUUACGGAUUUGGGCAACGAUCGCAUAAUUGGAUCAGGACCAAAUGGUUUUCGAUGUUUACUCGGAUGCAAUCACGAAAAACAAAAAGCUAGUCAACUGAUGUACCCACGAUUAUUUCAUUUUGAUGUAAAUGGAAACUUAUUUGUUUCCGAUAAAAACAACAUGGAAGUUAGAAAAUUUCCUUUAAAAGACAACUCUUGUGGAAAUGUUCCAUCUACAAUUCAAGCAAUGUAUUCAUCUACCUUAACAUACCAUCACGAAAUGUUCUCACGUGAAUUAUAUAAUUCUUCUCUAGCUUAUUAUUAUGAAGCCAUACAGGUCAAUGUGAGUAAAAGUGACUUUUAUAUUCUGACUGGUAACAGUAGCAUUGGACUCUAUGGUUUUAUGUAUAAAGAUCAUUUUUCUCGAUUUGAUCUUUUAACAAAUUUAAUUGCAUGGUAUGGUAAACCCGUUAGUAAAGAUCAAUUUAAAUUUACCGUUGAACUUCAAAUGAACACUGCAUAUAUAUUAGUAGUGACGACAUAUUAUCGAAAUGUAACAGGUCCAUUCUCAAUCAUCAUAUUUGGUUCAAAUAUAGUUCAUCUUCAACGCAUGAACGUUGAACGAGUUAUCCAAUCAACAUACAGAUCUACAUUGACAAAAAAUCAUUCAACAAAUGCUCGUAAGCUUUGUGUCGAACUUUGGACGAUGGUACGCUAUGAAGCAAUACAAGUGAACGUGACUGAGAAUGGUUUCUACACUUUUUUAUCCAUUAGAAAUGAUACCCUACCUUUAACAACUAUAUCCAGUUAUAUAUAUGAACGUGUUUUUUAUCCUCGUAUUCCAAUGGGAAAUUUAAUUUCAGAAGAAGAAAAACGUUGCAAUAGUAACCAUGAUACAGUUACCGUUCGACUUAUGGCUAAUAUCCAGUAUGUAUUGGUUGUAGCAGUACUUGAUGACAUUGCCAUAACAGAUUUCAAAGUAGAGGUAUUUGGUAGAAGUACUGUUGGUUUAGAACGUGUUGAUCCUUCGCCGGUUGUUGGUUUUGAAUACUCAUCAAGCUUAACAGCACACAGUCAAACAUAUGCUAAAGAUUGCACCAGCUCGCAAUAUUAUUAUGAAACUAUUCGAAUAACAACAUCUAAAAACGGAUAUUAUUAUUUUUUAAUUGGUCCAAAUAAAACAAUUGUCGUAGAUAUGUAUAAAAAUCAAUUCGAUCCAUUGCAUUGGCAUGAAAAUUUGGCUUUAACCAAAUGUCUUGAACAUUCGUAUACAGCUUGCAAUCAAUUCUCAGCUCAUAUUCAAGCUAAUACAAUGUACAUAUUAGUUAUAACAACUUUUAGACCACAGACGCCAAUGAACUAUUCAAUCCAGAUAUAUGGUUCAGAGAAUUUCACUUUUGAACGCUUGAAUGAUGAUUCAACUGAUUGUUAUAUUGGUGAUCCAUGUAAUCCUCAAGUUAAAAGUAUUGGUGUAACUCUUGAUGCUAUUUUACGAGUUGUAGUGAAACAAGAUAAGACAAUAAAAGAUCAGCCAUUUAGUAUUAAGAUGAGUGCUGCUGUAAUAAUCAUUAUGUUUGUUGCGGGCAUCAUCAAUUGUCUUUGUUCAAUUUUAACUUUUCAAAAUGAAAUUUUACGAAAAGUUGGAUGCGGAUUAUACCUUUUGGCAUCAUCNACUCCUGUCUUGCAUUCUCUUAUACUGCACUACAGUGAAGGAAACAAGACAGCGUAUUGGACUUUCUUCUGUUUUUUAUACUAA